UUUUGUUAGCAACACAAACAAAGUGCUGCGCGUGACGCGUCCAUGUCAAGUAAAAUUGCGAGUUUGAUUCGGUAAUACAGGAUCAAUAUAAAUUAAAAAUGUGGAUUCUCAUAUACAUUAGACAAACCGUGUGAAUGUGAAAUCUUUUAUCGUCAAUCAUAGUGUGAUUCAUCAGAUCGCCUUAUCAAGUGUAAUUUAUCAUACCGUGAACACUUGAAGUGCAUUGCCAUACAGAAAUGACGGGACAAUCCUUUAUCUUGGACAAAGUGAAGUGCUAGCCCGUAAUAGCGAGGACUCGUUUUGUUUCAUUAUGUAGUGUGGACGUUGUGGUUUUAUUACGUUUAUUUUGAUAAAUAUAGUAUUUACCAGUUUGAUUAGUUAUUGUUAUGUCGCUGAGAUGAUGUGGGUUUGCGCAGCGGUGACGGCCGCCGUGAUCGCCGUUCUCAGUGUACAAGGCGAACAAGUAAUGCUUCUUGACACUACUACCGAACAAACUCUCGGAUGGACGCGCUACCCAUAUGGCCAACAAGCGAGUACACCUGGCUGGCUUGAAGAAUCCUACACUAAUUUCGAGAAACAGAUAAACUGGCGAUCGUACGUCGUGUGUGAUGUAGCACAUCAUAAUGUCAAUAAUUGGCUGUGGACACCAUUCAUAGAGAGAAGGAAUGCAAAUCGCAUUUAUAUUGAAAUCAAAUUCACUAUCCGUGAUUGUUCACUGUUCCCAGGUAAUGCACUCAGUUGUAAAGAAACAUUCAGUCUAUUAUACUAUGAGUUUGAUGUAGCCACAAGAGAACAACCACCAUGGGAACCUGAAAGUUACAAAUUGGUUGGUCGUAUCGCUGCUGGUGAAGGAAGAUUUAAUACCAAUUCAGAAGUUGACAUAAACACAGAAGUGAAAAGCAUAGCUGUUACAAAGCGUGGGGUAUACAUUGCAUUCAGAGAUCAGGGUGCAUGUAUUUCCAUUUUAGCUGUGAAAGUAUAUUACAUUACAUGUCCUGAAGUGACUAUACACUUUGCAAAGUUCCCUGCCACUCCAACAGGCCGUGAAGUUACUGUUAUAGAACAAGCAAAUGGGACCUGUGUAGAACACGCUGAAACAGCUCAGGGGGAAGCACCACCAGUAUACCUGUGCAAAGGUGAUGGAAAAUGGACCUUACCAAGUGGUUCUUGCAAGUGUCGUGCUGGAUAUGAACCAGAUCACAGUAACCAAGUGUGUAAUGAAUGUUCACCAGGAAAAUUCAAAUCUCACACAGGAGAUGAUCCCUGUAUUCCAUGCCCUGAUUAUUCUGAGUCCACAGCAUAUGCCUCUGAUGAGUGUAAAUGUGUACCAGGAUUUUUCCGUGCAAAAAAGGAUCCCAAAAAUGUGCCUUGUACACAGCCACCCUCAGCACCUGACAAUUUAACUGUGACCUUUGCUGACCAAUUUUCAAUAUCACUUGCCUGGCAACCACCACAUAAGACUGGGGGUAGAAGUGAUGUCACAUAUAAGGUGCAUUGCUCUAACUGUGGUCCUAGUGUAGAAUACAGACCUUCUUCAUUUGGUCUGAAUGCAACUAAGGUAACCAUAAUGGGGUUAGACCCUGUAACUGAGUACAAAUUUCAAGUGUAUGCACUUAAUGGUGUAACUGAUCUUACAGGGGAACCUCCCAAGAAGGUAGAAAUUACAGCUGUGACAGAGGCCUCAGUUGUAAGUGUUAUUACUAAGCUUAGAGUUAUUAGUGCUGAAAGUGAUAAGCUGUCUCUUGCUUGGAAUCCACCACCUAUAGAUUUGACUGAUCCUGAUGAUAAUAUUGAAAGUUAUGAAGUUAAGUGUUUUCCAAAAGAUAAUUUAGAAAAAAGUGCUAAUGCAACAGUCAGAAUAACAAAAGAGCCUCAUGUCAUAAUUACAGGCUUGAAAAGAGAUACAGAGUAUGGUAUUAGAGUUAGAGCUAAGAUGAAAAGAGGUUGGGGUGAAUUGAGUGGUAUUGUGUAUGGAAGAACUGGAUCUGUCCUUGAAACUUCAUUUGUUAGUGAGGAGGAAGGAGCACAAGUGCGACUGGUUGCAGGAGUCAUGGUUGCAGUUGUGGUACUCUCAGUAGUUGCAAUUAUUGCAACUGUUUUCUUUUUGCGUUCUCGUGCUGAUGAUGAAUGUGAUAAAAAACAGCCUAGUGACUGCAAUGCUCUAAAUUAUCGUAAUGGUGAAGUUUAUACUGGUCCAGAUAGACCAGCAAAAACAAGUAGCAAUGCUACAACUCCUCUCUUUGCUGGAACAGGUUCUAGAACUUACAUUGAUCCCCAUACAUAUGAAGAUCCUAAUCAAGCGGUUAGAGAAUUUGCUCGUGAAAUAGAUGCUUCUUGCAUUACUAUAGAAGCUAUAAUAGGUGGAGGUGAAUUUGGAGAUGUGUGUAGAGGAAAACUAAAGUUACCUGCUAGUUGUGGCCAGGAAAUUGACGUGGCUAUUAAAACUCUAAAACCAGGAUCUACUGAGAGAGCAAGGAGGGAUUUCCUUGCAGAAGCUUCAAUAAUGGGUCAGUUUGAACAUCCAAAUGUGAUAUUUUUACAAGGUGUUGUAACUAAAUGUAAUCCAAUUAUGAUUAUUACUGAGUUCAUGGAAAAUGGGUCAUUGGAUACUUUUCUUCGUGCAAACGAUGGCAAAUUUCGUGUACUACAACUAGUAGGCAUGUUGCGUGGUAUUGCAACAGGUAUGCAGUAUUUAUCUGAAAUGAAUUAUAUUCACAGAGAUCUUGCAGCACGCAAUGUGCUUGUUAAUUCCCAAUUAGUGUGCAAAAUUGCAGAUUUUGGCUUGUCAAGGGAAAUUGAGUCAACUGCAGAUGGUGCCUACACAACACGUGGAGGGAAAAUACCAGUCCGUUGGACAGCACCUGAAGCUAUUGCAUUUAGAAAGUUUACAUCUGCAAGUGAUGUAUGGUCCAUGGGAAUUGUUUGUUGGGAGGUAAUGAGUUUUGGUGAGCGUCCAUACUGGAAUUGGAGUAACCAAGAUGUAAUAAAAUCAAUAGAAAAAGGUUAUCGUCUUCCAGCACCAAUGGACUGUCCAGAAGCUGUAUAUCAGCUCAUGCUUGACUGUUGGCAAAAAGAAAGAACCCAUCGGCCCACCUUCGCAAGUAUUGUAAAGACUUUAGAUAAACUUAUUCGUUGUCCUGAUACUCUAAGGAAGAUAGCUCAAAACCGUUCUGCUGACCCCCUUGCUGGUGACACACCUGAUUUGAUUCAAUUUUCAUCUGUUGAAGAAUGGUUGGAAUGCAUUAAAAUGUCACGUUACAUUGAAAAAUUCAAAGCUGCAGGCAUUACCGACAUGAAUGCUGUUGUUGAUCUCACUGUGCACCAACUGGCUUCUCUAGGAGUGACACUUGUUGGACAUCAGAAAAAGAUAAUGAACAGUGUGCAAAGUAUGCGUGCUCAAAUACGCGUAAGUGGUCCUUAUGGUUUUCUUGUGUAAUAAAACUGAGAGGUGUUAGUGCAUGGUAGGAGAAAACCAUAGGAAAUAGAUCUCUCACAAAAAGUGAUUAGCAUACAGUGAUUUAUAUAAAAAAAUAAUGCAUUUUGUAUAUUUUUCUAAAAAAAACUGUCAUAAGAUUUACCAAUUUUGUCGAAACUUCAAAACAGCUUGAUCUGAUACCAAGUUUUAAUAAUUCUUAAGUAUCUGUACCUAUUUUAUUUAAUAUAAUAACUGUAUUUUACUUCAUUUAAUUUUUUAAAGUGUUUAUUUGUUAGACAUAAUUCAAUGGUGUAUAUGUUUGGCAGUUUGUUACAAAAUUGCUGUAACAAUACUCAAAAUCAUAAAGCUCGAUUCCCAAAUUUAUUGAUUUUCUAUAUAUUUGAUAAAUUGUAGCUAUACAAAAGUACUGUCUUUUAACUAGUCUAUGCAACGAAAUAUGAGCCAUGAUUCAUUUUAAUCAUAAUAAUAAUAAAGUAAACACAUUCUUUAAUAGUUUGCAGCUAUUUGUAAAAUAAUUUUGAUUGGACUUAAGGACAAAAGAAUUGGUACAUUGAAUAUUCUCAUCCUUCUUAAAUCCAUUAUUUAGUACUUAGUUACUUUUUACAUGACAUUUUUUUAUGAAUUAAGAAAGAGAUAAGGGUAACUUUUUAUAGCAACAUUCCGACUAAUGAAUAGUUACAAUUUCUUUCUAAGAAUAUUAUACAUAAAUAUACACAUUAUAGGUAGCUAAAUUUGCUCUAAUAAUUUUUGAUAUGAAUUGUGUUUAUUAAAGUUUAAAAUUUUAAAUAUUAAGAUAGUGUUAUAAGAAUAUGUAAUAUGUAAGUAAUACUCAAAAGUCUAUGCCAGUCAUAAGAUUUUAUUUAUCCAAAAUUCAUUUUUAUAUUUAUUAUACUGCCAAUGUGAUCAAAUUGAAGUACUUAAUUAAUU